AUGGAGUUAAUGCAGCUGAAGCAAGGUUCCAUGUCUGUAGCAGAGUACACCAACAUGUUCGAAGAGCUUUGUAGGUUUUCUCGGGUGUGUCAGGGUGACCCGGAGACUUUCAAGAGCUGGAGGUGUAUUAAGUACCAGAGGGGUUUGAAGGACAGCAUUAUAACUGUUGUGGCUCCUAUGGAGAUUCGUGUCUUCUCUGACUUGGUGAACAAAGCAAGGGUAGUAGAAGAAUAUGCCAAGACAGUGGCUGCGUCCAAAGACACUCAUGGAGGAGGUAGUAGCAAAGGACGUGGCAAGUAUUACCAUCUGAGGGGUCAAAGCUUUAAGAGAGGAGGAUAUGCGCAUCAAGGUCAAGGAGAUUUCAGGAAGAACACUCAUGAUCAGUUCCAGCGUGGCAAGGGAAGGGGAAGUCAGAGUGGGUGCUUCAACUGUGGCUUUCCUGGUCAUAUUGCGAGGGAUUGCACUCAUGGGAAGAACCCAAAUGCGGUUGAGGAAUUAGGCUUGAAAGUGUCAAAGUUACCUUUUGAUCUACAUGUACAUACCCCGCAUCAGACAGUUAUGACUAGAUCAGGUUGUAGACAAGUAGGUUUCAAGCUUGAGGGUAGAGAUUUUGUACACAAUUUGAUCUGUUUACCUAUGGUUAGGUUGGAGAUGAUUUUGGGGUUUGAUUGGUUGUCAAAAGAUCGAGUUUUGUUCGAUUGCUUUGAACGGACAAUUCGAUUUAUACCGAAAGGAGAGAGUGGAGCAGUGAUAACCGCGGGAUAUUACCUGAACUCUGUUGUGCUACACUGUUGUGGGGAAGAGUUUCAGGGUUACAUCUUGUUAACUACUAAUGCUUCGAGUGAUACCCAAGGCUUAGAUCAGAUCCCGAUAGUUAGGAAUUUUCUGGAGGUAUUUUUGGAAGAUAUUCUUGAGUUCCCUCCUCAAAGAGAGAUUGAAUUUGCGAUUGAAUUAGUGCCGGAGGCCGGACCAGUGUCGGUUGCACCGUAUAGGAUGGCUCCGAAAGAGCUGACUGAGUUGAAGGUUCAGUUGGAGGAGCUUCUGAACAAGAGGUUCAUUCAACCGAGUGUGUUGCCGUAG